AUGAAGGCUACUACGAAAGCACCAGCUCCACACCCUUCACAAGUGCGCCUUCAAGACCUGGACGGGCGCCCGGACCAAGUCCCAAGUCCCGGGUUCAUCAACGGCUGCUUCUUUUACAGUGCACCGUCUAGCCCUAUGCAUUUCGCAAUGCCAUCAUCACUUGGUUCUUUAAUAGUGGUGUCGUCAUCAACAACCCAACCCUCUUCUCCUGAUUUCGAAUUCUCCGAGUCGUCGGGGCCGGGUCGAACAGGUUCCACGGGCUCGGCCGAUGAGCUUUUCUUCGACGGAAAGAUCAGACCCAUGAAGCUAUCCACUCAUUUGGAAAGGCCUCAGGUUUUGGAUCCAUUGCUGGAUCUAGAACACGAAGACGACGAAGAAGAUUUAAGGGGCAAUAAAGGUGACACCAACAAAGCUGGGAGAAGAAGGUCAAAGAGAUGGAUUUUCUUGAAAGAUUUUCUAAGGGAAAAAAACGAAGGAAGAAGCAGAAACAAUUAUCAUGAAUUAUGGUCAACAAUUUCAUUCUCUCAAGCAAAAGAAAAGAAGCCAAAAACCAGUGGAGGUGGUGAAUCGAAGAAGAAACCGGUAAAUGGGAUAGGGAAAAGGAGGGUUCCACCAUCGCCACAUGAGUUGCUCUACAUUACAAAUAGAGCACAAGCUGAAGAGACUAGGAAGAAGACAUUCUUGCCUUACAAGCAAGGUUUGCUUGGCUGCUUGGGAUUUAGUUCAAGGAGUUAUAAUGCCAUGAAUGGCCUGUCUAGAGCUUUGAAUCAAGUUAAUUAA